GCCCUUGUCGCAUCCCCCGGAAAGUUUGGCACAGGCACUACCUAGAUACAGUCAUAUUUCUCCAAACACCAAAACAAAAAGCGAAUUUCACCCGGAGAGCUCACGUGUCAGUGGUAGAAAACACCUCGACAGCUGCCCUAGGCGUGCCUACGGUAGUAGAUGCUCACCAUUCACCACUCCCCACUCCACUCCCCUUACUACCGCCGGUUGUGGUGAUCGUUGGUGCGACCUCAAUGACUCCAUCGAAUCUUUCUCGCUUUACCAGUUCCUGCCAUCGCACUAUUGUACUUGGGAAUCUCCUACGCCCGUCAUGAUUAUGCUGCUUCUCAUCGCCACAAUCCUGUCCAUUGCCCUGCUUCUAUGGACCGGACCUCGUCUACUCUGCCCACAUCUGUCACCUCUCUGGAGUGGCCGUAAGCGAGUCAAGCUUAGCUUUUCACCGAAUCAGCUUUCCGUCUACGAUAUAACUGUUGUCUUGGGCCAGCUAGCAUCAAGGUCUAUCAAACGUUCUCUUGAUGUGUGGUGGUGGUACCGUGAUCCAGAAUCAAUCACACUGAUGGACGAUUCCUCAUUGACUAUGCCUGUUCGCACGAGUCAGAAAGACCUAGAUGCAUAUACGUUGGCCGUUGAGAGAACAACCCAGACAAACGCUUUAUGGACGGGUUCCAAGGCCAUGCUCUUUCUCUCCGCCUUGACCGAGCCAGCCAUGUUACUACUGUUGGCAGAAACCUCAUGCAAACUUUGUCCGCUGGGUGCAGUAAACGUGAGAAAUCGCUUCGAGCUUCUGCGGCCUGACUUGUGUACGGAGCACAGCCUCAAAUCAUUCUCUGGGGCUGGUGUGACAGCAUCUGCUUCGAAGCAUGUGCGGAGGGUUAGAAGAGGGUUUGAAGUCGACCUCCUUCUGACGCUCGACAUCCCUAGAGGUGGUUCAACUGGGACAAUCACAAUCUUUCGACAGAUAUUCACCAUAUUACAAUUUGCGAAGCUCAAUCAGAAAAUCGCUCGAAAAGACCAGUCAGAGAGCGAUUCGCAACCCUUAGCAUAUACGCGUGUGGCAUCGUUCGACGUCGAAUAUGAAGAACCAAGCAGAUGGGCAAGAGUCUGCAAAGACUAUAACCCUAUUCACAUAUCGGCAAUAGCAGCAAAGUUGUUCGGCUUUUCAGGUAAGAUUGCACAUGGCAACCACAUGGUGGCCAAGGCCUUGGAUCUGCUUGAACGAUGUACCCUACCGCCUGAGUAUGAAGCGCUUUAUCGCAGCCAAGAUCCGGUAUGGAUGGAGGUCGUCUUUAAACGGCCCAUAACCGUGCCCGCCGUACUGGAGGUGACGGUCGCAAAAGAUGAUACCAUCUCUGGAAGUUGUAGCGAUUUGAUGCCUUUUCGAAUAUGCAAGGGCGGAGUAUGCAUUGAAGGCAAGCUUGGACGUCUCAAAGACGCAGAAAGCUGAAGACUAUCUUGAAGCACGAUGAUGCAAGAUGAUUUGCGGACAAGCACAGAAGAUGACAGUGAUCCGACUCUGCCGACACCGGAAAACAGCCACCUGUGGACAUCACAAUAUGUAUAAGCGAACCGUGUUUGCCGUGAAGAUGAUGUCAAGAAAUAGGUACGAAAACCAACGGUCUCUGGCCGAGAGCGACGGCUCAAUUGCUCGACCAAUAAUACUGAGCAUACUUGUGGCCUGAUCGCCAGAUUGGGGGACCGCCCUUAUCAACCAUAAUCAGCCACUUGCGCACCGACCUCAUCCUUUUUUUUCAACCACU